AUGAGUUACAAUCCCAAUGAUACUCUAUCUACAAAUAGCACGGAUACAAUUGCUUCAUUUCAAAUCAAAGGUAACAAAAAUAAAGACGACACUGAAGAAAGGGAUGGCCCUAACAACAAACGCAAUAAAAAUCGCAAGGACGUUGAUAUCGGUGGGUUGGUAAUAACAUCGGGAAGUUUGAGAGAGCACAGAUUCAAUACGUCGAAGAAGUUCAGAAUAAAGAGGAUAUGGAAGCAGUACAAGAGGAACGAUAGUGAAGAGGAGGAUAUUUAUUUACUUGAAGCAAAUCUGUUGAAAUCUCUCGACGAAAUAUCGAUUAUCGGGGUAAAACACACUAUGGACACAAAUCGUUCACUGAUGAAUCGAACCAUGUGGGCUCUCCUCGUCUUCGCAGCAUUCUGCCUGGCCAUCUACCAAAUCAAAGAACGCAUCUCGCAUUACCUGGCCUACCCAACCUUGACAGAGCUCGACAUCGUCCAAUCUGUAAGCAUGCCAUUCCCCCAGGUCACAAUAUGCAACAACAAUUAUAUCAAGAUGUCGGCAGCUGAAAAGCUAGACAACUUUCAAAAAAUUAUUGAAACAUCCACUGAGAAGUGUUUUUGGAGUAAGAAACCUUGUUCGAAAGAGACGAUAAGUACAACAUUCACAAAUGAAGGACAGUGCAUUGUUAUCAAUCCAAGGAAAUCAUUGAACUUCGGUAACACAGCAGGCGUUUCUAUGGGACUGCAUUUAUUUUUAUUCGCAAAUCAGUCGGAUUAUUUUGUGCCAAAUGGAUAUUCAGUUGGAUUCAAGGUUUUGGUUCAUGAACCAAAUGAACCAGCACGUAUGAGUGAACUAGGGUUCAUGGUCAGUCUCGGCGAUGAGGUCAACAUUCCUAUAUACGUAAAUGAGAUUGGAAGACUGAAAUUUCCACACGGCACGUGCACAGAUCAGCCGAACUACCAUCCAAUCAAAUGUGAACGAACAUGUGCCACCCGUGAGAUCGUCAAAAAAUGUAACUGCAGGCCUAUCUACUUGGAAGAAAUCGGCAAUGAAACAAUAUGCGAUUACUACAAAGAAACAAUCUGCGCUGAGGUAGUCAUGAACGAAUACAACUCCAACAAGCCGGACAUUUCUUGCCCGUGUCCACCCCUUUGCAAUGAAAUAACCUACCAAACAUCCGUCUCUGGAUCUAAAUUAUCUGAACAAUUUAUAACUGCCAUAAGUAAGUUGAUGAAAGAAGUUCCUAAGAUAUGGACAGCCAACGAUCUCGUCUUUUUGAAAAUUUACUUCAGCAGUAUGCAGUACACUAGGGUUGAAAACGUCGCCGAAUACUCAGUGAUGUCACUUUUGUGUGAUCUAGGCGGAGCUUUGGGGCUACUCCUUGGUUCAACUUUUCUGACUGUGUUUGAAAUUUUUGAGUUAAUCUGGGACCUAGUUGUUUAUUUUGUAGUGAAAAUGAAGGAAAAAUAUCGAAAUAAGAUGGUAUGGGUUGUGAAAAGAUUUUAG